UAUUCAUAAUUCAUCCAGUCCAGGUGUCGUUUCUUCAUACACAAUUGGAGACCUCAGAGAGAGCGUUCCAGUCCCUUCUUCUGCGACAGUGGAGAAACGUUUCGAGACUUCUUCAACCGCAUACGGCCGUGCUCUCUUUGUUUCGCCUUAUACGCACUCAUAUUCCUGAAUCUAAUCAGAUCCUGUUUUUUCAACAAGCAAUUUUGUGGUGGUAGGAAAAUUCUUUAAUAUGGUAUUUCCUUGUGUUUCUUACCAAUGAAUCCCAGUUUUCUUGGUUACAUACCUUGGUUUAGUAAGCACUCAAACGAGGAUUUGAGAACAAGCCAAAAACCCACAGAUGUGGUUUUAUCUAUGGGUUCUACCUUAGAACAACCGAAACAAAAAGCUCAUUUUGAUGUCAAGCUGUGGAGAUGGUCCUUACUUUCAUUUGUGCCUUUGGCUAUCAAUGCUAAAGAUAAAAUUCGAACUCCAAACACUAUAAACAAAGGGCUAAAAAGGCGCGCCCAAUCUCAUGGGGUUAUUAAAAAUGGUGGUGCUGGUGGUAAUCCCUUGCGAUUUAGGCCUUAUGUUUCCAAGGUUCCGUGGCAUACUGGCGCAAGAGGCUUUCUUUCUCAGCUUUUUCCACGCUAUGGGCAUUAUUGUGGACCUAACUGGUCAAGUGGAAAAGACAGGGGUUCUCUUCUUUGGGAUAAGAGACCAAUUGAUUGGUUGGACUAUUGUUGCUACUGUCAUGAUAUUGGUUAUGACACCCAUGAUCAAGCCCAUCUGCUGAAAGCGGACUUACAAUUUCUUGCGUGCUUGGAGAAGCCAAAUAUGAUUGCUAAAGGAGAUACCCAUAUUGCUCUGAUUUAUAAGACAAUGUGCAUCACAGGUCUUAGAAAUCUCCUGAUACCAUACAGAAUACACCUUGUGAAGUUACAAUCAGGGCAACCUUUGCUCAAUUUUGGAUGGCUGAGCAAUGUGAAAUGGAGAGGUUGGAAUUGUCAGAAAACAUAAACAUAAUUGUAGCAUGCGGCCAGUACAGCAAGUGGUUUUCAGGGGAUUACUUUUCUUGUAUUUUCUUUUCUAUUUUUACACCUAUGUUGAAGAUUCUCGUGCUAGUGCUUAAAGGUAAAUGGGGAUCAUGGCUAUGUUGGAAAUUUGAGAUAUCUGAAUCUCAUUAGGUUGUCCCAAAGAUGCAUAUAAUGUAAAUAACUACUUUUAGCUUUA